AAUUUUUUUCUGUAUAUUUAUAAUUGUGAGAUAAAAAACUGAUUCAGUUGUUUUACUUGAAUAUUUGUUUUAUUUACCUUUUUGGUUCAUAAAAUUCUGGUUCAUAUGUAAUUUUAGAUGAAAUCGAAUCCUAAAAUAAUGUUUUAUCACCUUUAGAACUAUCAUGUCAUUGAAAAAAUAUUUAAUGCACAUCUUAUAUCCUUAGAUCUGUGAUAUAAUAUUUGAUCAGAUUGUAAUGGAGAAAAAUAAAGAUGUUGAUAAACCAUUAGAGAGUUUUGAAUGUUCACAAUGUCAAAAUAAGUACAAAUACGACAAAUUUUCAAAAUACAAAGAUGAAAAAUCAAACUUUUACAUCCUUGAAGAUGUAUACUACAUAAAAGACCCUUUUGCUCACAAGAGUUUUAUCCCGUUGGUACUUGGUGGUAUCUGUUCAUUGUGCAUGAAAGCAGUUUGUGUGGAUCAAAAAUGUAGCAUUUUCUACACCAAAAGAUACUGUUUAACCUGUGUCCAAGAAAACAUAGAAUCCUUUCCUAAAGAAGUUCUCUGAUUGUUUAAAAUAGAAUUAAGCAAUCACUUUAAAAAGAUAAAAACAUUAACACCCUUCACUUUUUGCAAUAUAUUUAUAAUGCUUUCCAAGUGUGCAAUGACGAUCAGCUUGUUUUUGUAAUUUUUUUAA